GGCGCUCCCAGUCCGGCCGGCAUCCCUCCCCGCCGGCCGCGAUGCUCAGUCCCGGCUCAGCCUGGCAGCAGGGAGGGCACACCAGCCUGCGGAGGGCAUGGGCGACAGCAACCGGACGGAGGCCUGGCAGCAAAGCCUGCAGGCAGUGCUGACCGCCCUGAACCAGAGCCUGCAGGGGGCCGUGCCCUGCCCCGGCCAGCCCCCGCGCGGCGCCCGCGCCGGCCACGGCCGCAACGACAACGCCUACAUGUACAUCCUGUUCGUCAUGACGCUCUUCGCCGCCACCGUGGGCAGCCUCAUCCUGGGCUACACCCGCUCCCGCAAGGUGGACAAGCGCAGCGACCCCUACCACGUCUACAUCAAGAACAGGGUCUCCAUGAUCUGAGCCUGGCCCGCGCCUCGGCCCCGGCAGCGCCGGGCUCGGGGUCACCGUGCUCUGCACACCCCGCUCGCUGUGGGAUGUGACGGUGCUGCUGGCCCCAGAGCUGCUGGGAGCCCCCAGAGCUGCUGGGAGCCCCUGCCAUGGAGGAGCUCAGUCCUGGUGGAGCAGCGCCGGGACGUCCUGGCUGGCAGGAGCCGGAAGAAUGUGACCUGCAAGCAGGUCCUGUUCCUGCAGACCCACCCCGGCUCCCCCGCGGGCUCCUUUCCCACCGUGGCCUUUGGGGGCUGGCAGGAGCCUUCAAGGACAAUAUUUCCCCACUUCCCCACUCAGAUCAGCCGGCGUUGACCUCCCUGGGCUCCCAGCAGCUGUGACAGCGGUCAGCGGGUUUUUCCGCUGCUGAAACCCUGUAAUGUUUGAGCCCAGACCCCCGGGCCGGGCCCCGCUUUUCUGGCAGGGAAUUAAAGGAGGUGGUGGGUUCCAGGGGACUUGUGUUUGCCUCUCCUCCGAGCGAAGCUGGUGUUCGGGGCACUCCGUGGGGCACCGCUCCGUGCCGGAGCCCCGGGGAUGCUGAAAGGGCUGAACCUGUGUGCCGCCAAGGUGGAUCCAAGGGCAGC